AUGGCAGCGGUUGGGUCUGGCGGUUCUACCGCGGCUGCUGCGCCAGGGGCGGUCUCCGCGGGGGCGUUGGAGCCUGGAACCGCGAGUGUGGGUGAGACAGGCCGUGGCCGAGCAGGCGGUGGUGCUCACCGGCGCCUCAAAUACAUAUCCCUAGCUGUGCUGGUGGUCCAGAAUGCCUCCCUCAUCCUCAGCAUCCGCUACGCCCGCACACUGCCUGGGGACCGCUUCUUUGCCACCACUGCUGUGGUCAUGGCCGAAGUGCUCAAAGGUCUCACCUGCCUGCUGCUGCUCUUCGCACAGAAGAGGGGUAACGUGAAGCACCUCGCGCUCUUCCUCCACGAGGCUGUCCUGGUGCGGUAUGUGGACACGCUCAAGCUUGCAGUGCCCUCUCUCAUCUACACCUUGCAGAAUAACCUCCAGUAUGUUGCCAUCUCCAACCUGCCAGCUGCCACUUUCCAGGUGACGUACCAGCUGAAGAUCCUGACCACGGCGCUGUUCUCUGUGCUCAUGCUGAACCGCAGCCUUUCGCGGCUGCAGUGGGCCUCCCUGCUGCUCCUCUUCACGGGCGUUGCCAUUGUCCAGGCACAGCAAGCUGGUGGUGGGGGCCCUCGGCCACUGGACCAGAACCCUGGGGCAGGCCUGGUGGCCGUCGUGGCCUCUUGUCUGUCCUCGGGCUUUGCGGGCGUCUACUUCGAGAAGAUCCUCAAGGGCAGCUCGGGCUCUGUGUGGCUGCGAAACUUGCAGCUGGGCCUCUUCGGCACGGCGCUAGGCCUGGUGGGGCUCUGGUGGGCCGAGGGCACUGCUGUGGCCCGCCGCGGCUUCUUCUUUGGCUACACGCCGGCCGUGUGGGGCGUGGUGCUCAACCAGGCCUUUGGCGGGCUGCUGGUGGCUGUUGUCGUCAAGUACGCCGACAACAUCCUCAAGGGCUUUGCCACCUCCCUAUCCAUCUUGCUGUCCACGGUUGCCUCCAUCCGCCUCUUCGGCUUCCACGUGGACCCGCUGUUCGCCCUGGGCGCCGGGCUGGUCAUCGGUGCUGUCUACCUCUACAGUUUGCCCCGAGGUGCAGCCAAAGCCACCGCCUCUGCCUCCGCCUCCGGGCCCUGCACGCACCAGCAGCCUCCGGGGCAGCCGCCACCACCCAAGCUGUCUUCCCACCAUGGAGACCUCAGCACGGAGCCCUUUCUGCCGAAGUCAGUGCUGGUGAAGUGAGGGCUGGUGGCGGUGGGGGGUGACAGGGAGGGGGACUGGGUGGAGGGUGUUGGGCAUCUGCAGGGACCUGAGCUGCCACUGGGCCUGGCUCCUCUGGGACUGGAAGAGUUUUCUCCCAGGUCAUGGAGACUUCUGGAGGGGCAUGGGACGGGGUGGGGCGUCACACGAACCCUUCCUCGCAGACUGGAGGGGGCUUUGAGAGCUGCCUCCUCUGCCCCAGCCAACCCCUUUCGGGGACUGGGUUGACAGUGUUGUCAUUCAAGGCCUUUCUUUGCCUGCCUGCCCUCAGCUGGAGGUGUCCUGUCUUCCAUGCCUGGGAGAGCCCCUCCUAGCAGCCCCUCCACCUUUGUAAGGACAAAUCGGACAAAAAUGUUACAGCUCUUUUAGUGAUGGAUGCCUACCUGUGGGGUUCAGCUUCCUGUAGCUUGAGGCCUUCUUGCCUCCCUCACAGCCGCAGUGGAUCAUGUUAGCAGUUCGGGUCUUUUUUGUACGUGGCCUUGGGGCAGCUUCCCUGACGGGAGACCCUUGAUAAUGGGCCUGUCGUGGGCACCCCGGAGAGAGGCAGGGGCCAGAGCUGACACGUGUUGCAUCGGCCCAUUCCUGGGGAGGGUACAGUGCAAUGGGGGCCGUUUGUUUUUUUAGUGGUCUGGGAACUUGUGGUGUAAUCAGAUAAUUAAUAAUCCAGGGUGCGGGGAGGGGGAAAAGGUCCUUGGAGUGGCUGAAUCUCACUGAAAUCUAAGACACUGUCAGAUGCCGGAUGCAGGGUUCUUUUCCGAGACAUCCCAAAAGGGAAGCUAAAGCUGCUGACCACAGCUCUGGUAACGCACUGGCCGUAUGAGGCGCCCUCGCUCUGGGACAGGGUGAGGGGUCUCCAAAUCGCUGAGAUGUGGAACCUGCCCCCUGCACUCCCUAAAGCUUAUUAACCCCUUAACGGUCUCCCAGGAUGUGCGUGCGCGCGCACACGUACACGUGCACACACACACACGGGGGAGAUGCCUGGGCUAUCUUUGCUCUAUGUAAAUAGGGUCGUUGGAUCUUUAUUUUUGAUUAAGUUGUUCUGAUUUUUUUGGCUUGUUUUCUAAGGAACUGUAAUGAACAAAUG